CUCAUUCUUCCGGUUUUGAUCAAUCCGCCUCCACGUGAGCGCUGUCUCGCCAUAAUAAUGUCAACAAACUCUAUAACGAUAAAUGGAGACGGGGACGAGGAGUUCACGGUGUUUGUGGCCCUGCACGCCGGGGCCCUGCAGUCCUCAGGGAUACCCCCAAUCUACUGGAGGAGCCUCCACCACAAAAUCACCAGCGAGAUUUAUGAUGCUGGUGAAGUUUUCGGAAUCAUGCAGUUCCAAGAAGAAAACGACGAGGAAAAUGAACAGAAUGAGGAAGAGGAGAAAAAAAGAGACAAUCCUGGAGCAGUGAUCAGCUGUAAAGUGGUUGUGACCCGGGAGAGCGGGCUGCAAGCAGCAGAGCCGACCAGUGUUUUCCUGGUGGAUCACGCCUGGACGUACCGCGUAGAUCACGCCCGUCAGCAGCUGGAGCAGGUACCCGGCCUGCUACCCAGAAUGGCCACCCUCAUGGGGGUUGAUUUCCACGGUGAGGCCCCUGACCCGGAUGUGGUGGAGCUGGUGAUGGAGCGCAUGUGGAAGUACAACCAGACAUAUCACCUCUCCCAGGGGUCUGCGGAAGAGAAGGUUCCGGUGUGGUACGUCAUGGAUGAGUUUGGCUCCCAGGUGCAGCACUCUGACCAGCCCAGCUGUGGGAUGGCUCCCUUCUUCUACGUAAAGGGCCAGCUGGCUUACUCCGUGCUCUGGCCUCUGCAGGACCUGCAAGAAGGAGGUGAAAGCAGACACACACCGCAUGGAUACUAUAAAACAUGA